AAUAGGAUGAGGCGCUGUUAUCGGCAGAGAAAAAAAUCCUUACAGUCGCCAUGAUACAGCAGCGGAAACGGGUGAGAAGUAGCUAGAAAACAAAAGAGAACACGCAGUCGUCCUCGCGAUUUGGUAUGCUCUUGCAGUGUUAUAGGAAUGCCCAAGGAAAAAUAUGACCCGCCGGAUCCCAGGCGGAUGUACACAAUUAUGUCUAGCGAGGAGGCAGCCAAUGGGAAGAAGUCAUACUGGGCUGAGCUGGAAAUCAGUGGCCGAGUAAGGAGUCUCAGCACAGCCCUGUGGUCUCUCACCCACCUCACUGCCCUGCACCUCAGUGACAACUCACUGUCACGCAUCCCGCCAGACAUUGCCAAACUACACAACCUGGUGUACCUGGAUCUCUCAUCCAAUAAGAUCAGGAGCCUGCCGGCAGAGCUCGGCAACAUGGUGUCUCUCAGGGAACUGCUUUUAAAUAACAACCAGUUGCGGGUUCUGCCAUUUGAAUUGGGGAAACUGUUUCAGUUACAAACACUGGGGUUGAAAGGAAACCCACUUGCACAAGAAAUUAUGAGCCUCUACCAGGAACCUGAUGGCACGCGAAGACUGCUCAGCUACUUGUUAGACAAUCUGGCGGGUGCUAUCAAACGCAUACCAACAGAGCAGCCCCCAGCCCGGUCAUGGAUCUCACUCCAGGAACCAGACCGAACACGGCCUUCGGCACUGUUCUCAGUGAUGUGCUACAAUGUGCUGUGUGAUAAGUAUGCCACAAGACAGCUAUAUGGUUACUGCCCCUCUUGGGCUCUAAACUGGGAGUAUAGGAAGAAGUCCAUCAUGCAGGAGAUCCUGGGUUGCAACGCAGAUAUCAUCAGUUUGCAGGAAGUUGAGACAGAGCAGUACUACAGUUUCUUCUUGCCUGAGCUGAAGGAGCAAGGAUAUGAUGGGUUCUUCAGUCCAAAGUCACGAGCUAGAACUAUGUCGGAGUCUGAUCGUAAACAUGUGGACGGAUGUGCAAUUUUCUACAAGACAGAAAAGUUCAGUGCAGUGCAGAAGCAUACAGUGGAGUUCAACCAGCUGGCCAUGGCUAACUCCGAAGGCUCUGAGGCUAUGCUGAACAGGGUGAUGACAAAGGAUAACAUUGGGGUAGCUGUACUGCUUGAGGUCCGCAAAGAGAUGAUGGAGAUUUCCUCUGGAAAGUCACUUCAUGGUAUGGAGAAGCAGCUGCUCCUGGUAGCCAAUGCCCACAUGCACUGGGACCCAGAGUAUUCUGACGUCAAGCUGGUCCAGACCAUGAUGUUCUUAUCAGAGGUGAAGAACAUAGUGGACAAGGCCACACGCAGUCUCAAGUUGUCCUCUGUCUCUGGUGAGACCAAUGCCAUUCCACUGGUGCUGUGCGCUGACCUCAACUCCUUGCCUGACUCUGGCGUAGUGGAGUACCUGAGUACAGGCGGAGUGGACUGCACCCACAAGGACUUCAAGGAGCUUCGUUAUAGCGACAGUCUGACCAAAUUCAACUGCAAUGGCAAGAACAGCACGUCCAAUGGCAGGAUCACCCACGGCUUCAAGCUGAAGAGCGCCUAUGAGAACGGCCUGAUGCCUUACACCAAUUACACCUUCGACUUCAAGGGUGUCAUCGACUAUAUUUUCUACUCCAAGCCUCAUCUGAACGUGCUGGGUAUCUUGGGCCCUCUGGACCCUCACUGGCUUGUAGAGAACAAUGUCAGCGGCUGCCCACAUCCUCACAUCCCCUCUGACCACUUCUCCCUCUUUGCUCAGCUGGAGUUGCUCCUGCCCAAUGUGCCCCCCCAGGUCAAUGGGCUCCAUCUGCCUGCACGCAGGUAGUGAGACCCUGCCACACCACCAGGGGGAGCUGCAGCCACAGCCUCUCCCUCUCAACCCUCCCUCCCACUACCAGCUCUUUCCCUCCACUUACACUGGAGGAGGAAGACAAAAAAACACAACCUGUAAAAUAUUCGUACAGUGAGGUCUGGCUGACAGGGAUUUCGUAUAAUGUUAUAGAUAUUCUAUAUUUUUCUUUUUCUUUCUCUGUUUUUCUUUUAUGUUCUUUUUUUAACUGCUCGAUUCAGUCCUGUUCGUGUAUCAUAUUUUGUGUUUUUGGACUCCCUUUCCUCCUCAAAUCCACCAACCCCACCCACUUUGCUUCUGUCUUUCAAACUAGAGGGGAUGGUAGCUCGUUCAGAUUUGUCACAUAGGGCACUGUUUGGUUUAAGAGCAAGGGGAAACUCAAAAGUGGCUGAGGGAAUGACAUUCACCCAAAAGGCUCCAUAGCUGAUGGUCUGCCUGUCUGUCUGUCCUGUAUAAAUCUGAAACCAGCAAAGACAGCAGACUUGUCAGUCUCAGACCUCCAUCAUUGACUUGUGCUUGUUUUCCCCUUGUAUUUUGGGCAGCCACCAUAUUUUCUCAGUCUUUCUAGAAUACGCACAUUUGUGGAAUCAGAUGUGGUAGGUUUAGAGCAGCUUUUUGCUGGUAGUUGCAUGUCCCCGGAGGUGGAUGUAGCGCAGCUCGUACGAGGUGAGAUUCACUGCUGUCAUUCUGUGGUGCUGAGGCCUUUUGUGUGGUCAUGGCCUCCCGUGGUGCUACAAGGUAGUCUACACCUCUGACCCUGGCCCUGGUACAUUAGGUACCAAACCCACAGAUGCCUAGAGAACCAGAAUUGCGACCCUACAUUUGCCUGGUUUCACAUGGGCAUUAUGUAGUGUUGAGUUAUCAAAGAAAGAUGUUGUGAGAAACUGAGAGCAGCUACCAUCCUGUUUGCAGACAGUUUCACCCCAGCUUGUAUAGUUGUUAGGCUAGUCUUGUGCUUAGGAGCUCAUGUGGCCCAUGUAUCACCUUUUUUGAGCAAGGGGCAAGGGAUUUAUGCUGAUGGGCAAAGCGAUGGAGGGCUGUCACAAAUCUUUUCUUUGUCUUGAUUGCUUUUAGGCAGAGAGAGCGAGUAAUGGCUGAUACACAGGAAUAAAACCAGCAUUCCUCUCACUGUCGGGAGUUGCCAUCCAACUCCACACAUGCAAGCUUGCAAAGACACACACACACACACGCACACACACACACACACACACACACACACACACAUACACCCACUUGCAUACACACACAAAGGUAAUUUGCAGGCAGAUCUGUAGCACUGUCUCCGAGGCCAGUAGUGACUUUCCCCAGCCAUAAAUUCCAUACACAAAAGCAGUGGUUUUUUCACAAGUGUUUGUACAGAAUAGAAAUCUAGACUCAGUCUUUACAUGAUUGUAUAUGAACCACAAAAGACCUGUUUUCUGGCGUUUUUUGUACGAAGAGUAAAUUAUGAUCAGAUUUGAAAAAAAAGAUUGUAUUGUAAACUAUGGCUAAAUUUUUAUCCAGUUAAUGUUAAGAUGAAUUGAUAUUACCAGCUUGUACAAAAGACGUAAGAAGAGGUUGUUCAAGGCGUUCGCUGUCACUACUUUGCACUCCCUAAAGAUUAACUGUAAUUAAUGUCAGUAUCAGUAUUGUUUUAUUUCUUUCUUCCCCUUUCUCUCUACCCUUGGUUUGAUUUGCCGGCAUAUUGCUGCGAUGUAAAUAGACACUUGAGUAAAUGCUGCCUGUUGCUUCUUGCCCAUUAACAAAGCCAUUGAUCCACACUGCUGCCAUCAGUUCUAACCAGAGGACAUGCAAGGAUGAAUCACAUCUGUUCUUCUAUAUAUCUCACUCAGUAGUGAUGUGUGACUGACACAACCUAUUUAAAUCCCACAUGUACAUCGUGCCUCACUGUAGCAGUUGACGUUGUCUUGCACUAUUUACAUGCGACGAACGCCUGAACAACCUUUUCUCCUUUUAUUUUUAAAUACUGUUGAGACAUUUGUGAAGAUUUUAUGUCCUUUUUUGGUUUUUGUUAAUGUUUAUUUCCUUUUUUAUGAGCUGUGACAAUGUUAUGAUGAUGUGUAUAUCCUUCCUAUUCAUUGAGCUCUCUAGUAAUCAGGUAUGCUUUCUCCACGACCCUCUCUGCUUUCCUUACGGAACAUGAGGAGGGUGUCUUAUCUUUAUAAAUCCACUGAUUGUUUGACUCCCUCUUUGUACCUUAGCACAGCUCCAUGCCCAGGCCCCACAGAUACCUUAGCCCUUAGCUUCCUCCCUGGCCAUGAAUUUUAAAUCUCCCUAAGCCUGUCCAUCACCCUAAUACCUCCCUCUCUAAACCGCCCAACCUUAGACUUUACCUACACUAUAUUAUUCAAGCUGUGUCUUUUAAACCCCUUUGCUCAACCACUUUGUAUAGUUUUCCUACCCUUGUCACUGCAGCUAUAGUGCCAUUUGUGGACCCCCUACCUCUGUAUUGGAAAGGGUGGAAGACCCACUUUUCUCUGCUUUUUGGAUGAACAAGGGAUGAGGGUCAGUGAGCUUAGCUGUUUUUGUCUCUGAAUGCCAGGCUAACACGUGGCUAUGAAUCAGAUUUGUUACAUCCCGGACAAAUAAGUAAAAUCUUUUGGCAGUGAGAUGAUUCCUUCAACAAUUAUGCUUUUACACGGAUGUUGAGCACUUAGUAGAUUCAGACGCAGCUCCCCUCACUCUCUGUCCCAUCAUAUUAGUGAGUACAGAUCUCAUUACUUUAAUGUGUAUGUUGAAAUGACAUUUUUAAAGCAAGAGGGAAGCAAGUAAACAGGAAAUAUAAAUUAAGUUCUCAGAUCGAGGUCUCUUGUUCCAUUUGUUGCCCCCUACAUGUUUUUUUUUUUAAACUUUUUCCAGUGGAAACCAAUGUGUCCAGUUUGAUUUCUCUCCUGAAUGGCAUUAGUAUUGUAGUAGAUUUAAGGGGUAGCUUUUUUGUAAAGUGUGAAUAAAAGAUGUAUCUCAUGUUUCCUUUCUAAAAAGAUAAUGAAUUGUGUUGUUGAUGUGUAAAUCAUGAAUUCUAUGAUGGUGUUAUGUUCGCUACAUUGUUUUUACUCAAUAUUACUUUCCCCAUCUACUCAUCCCAUCACAAACCAAAUCCUCUGUAGAAAUUAUGAUGAUGCAUUGUCUUGAUUGGUUGAUUACAGAAGUUGAAUGUUCCUGAUAAUGCCUCACAGAAUGAAGGAUUGAGUGCUUUUUGGCGGAAAAGAACCUGCAUCAUUGGUAUCGGUCAAAACCUUCAGCACAGGGAUAUUCGGUUUCUUUUUUUACUUUUUCAGCUUUAUUUGGAUCUUGUACGGCACUAGCUGGAGAGUGCUAGUGCCUGUAGGUUAGGGCAGCAGAGCUGUCUUACUCGUGGCUGCAGUUCAAUACUAGAGAACACUGUUUCGACGGGUGUAAAACGUGUUUGUAAGACUAAGCUACUGAUGUGCCACUAGACUUGUCCUGUGAUGAUUUUUUUUUGAGUACUACUAGUCCAUCUCAUUCUGUUCUUGUGCGUCACAAUGGUUUAAUCUGUUGAACUAGUUACCUACUAUUGAUAGUCACUGACUUGACUCUUAAAUCUUUUCGGUUUUUGACAGCCCCCUCCUCUCCAUCACUUCUUGUUAAACCACAGACCACCGAAAUCUGUCAAAUCAGAGCUAUGGCACCCUGUAGGCUCCAGUGAGCGAUCACAUUGUUGGCUUUGUACUUUUGUCACUGUUGCAUUGUGUUUCAUAGUUGGCUCGUUAGUGAGUUCCCAGGCUGCAUCUCUUUGUAAUGGUGCGCACCAAAGCUGCUUGUAGUUCUCUGUUAUAGGGCGAAUUCUUCCACCAACUAGUCAUAUUUCCGAUCCAAAUCAUAGUCUUCAUGAAUUGUAGGGCUGUAAGGAAAGCAAGGUACUCAAGUCCUUUUCCUUGAAUCACAUGAGCACCCAUAUUCAUACUUGUCACUGUUGUUGGAGUUUGAUUUCUCGAUCCAUCAACUCAUUUCAAAUGCGUCCUUUUUUUCCCAAAAACUUGGCAAUAAUACCCAGAAACAUUCAGACACAUUCAGAUUCUUUCAAAAGUUUAUCUGGAAAAUGUAGCUAUUUCAUAUUUCAAACUGUGGUUGUUUAUUUUUUAAAUUCUCCCAUCAUCAACCCUCCAGACUGUUUUGUUACCUGAACAUCUUUUUACCCCACCCCCUCCCUUUUAUCAUCCAUCUUGUAUAUUUGCUCAUCGCCUUCUCCCUGCCAAUUUAGUGGUAGUUGUUCAAUGAUCAGGAUCGUCUAUCUGUAGUCAGCUGAGUACAUAUAUUGAUCUGUGUCACUGUGUUUAUGCACUGGACCAACUAUUGUUUACCAUUCAUGAAAUACCAGCAAAAAAAAAAAAAAAAGAAUAAUGACAAAGCACUUGCACAAUGUUGUAGAAUGUCCAUUAACCCAGAUGAGAAAUCAAGGCAGCUGUUUUCAAAUCAACACAUACUGUUUUAAUAUGAAAUUGAAUGGUAAACAAUGCUUUCUGUUGUACCCCUUAGCCGUCCUCUCGAUUCUCUUUGGACUAGUUUUAUUCUGUUAUUUUUCUUUUUGACUACAGGUUCUGCUUGUUUCCUUCACACCUACCCAUGUAUUUUCCUACUUCUGGUUGAAAAUAAAUUCUGUAUUAUCUGUUUCAAGCUGUGUCACCUCUUAUUCUUUGCAAUGGAUAUUGAAAAUAUAUUCUAUAUCUGUU